AUGGCCGGCGCCAACGAUUGUUUCAGCAUUGGGAGUACGGUGGCCUGUAAAACCUGUUACAAGGAGGAGAUCGAAGGCGAGGUGCUAGCAUUCGAUCCACAAACUAAAAUGCUAAUCCUAAAAUGUCCAUCGUCAAGUGGAGCACCAACAUUAAACGAUGUACACAUAGUAAAUUUAUCCUUGGUGUCUGAGGUCCAAGUAAAGCAGGAAGUUAGUCCUACAACUAGUGAACCACCACAAAGCCUUAAUCUGCAAAAGCUGAACAGAAGAGUACGUACUCAAAUUGAAGAGAAGAAGAAACUGGUAAUGGCUCUGCAGGCCGGAGUAUCUCCAGAGGGACAGAAACUCUUCAGUACUAUAUCAAAGACUAUCCCAGAAAUCACGUGGAAUGGAGCAAAUAUUGUUGUAUUUGACAAUGUCACAAUUAGACCGCCGUACAAAGUUGAUAAUGUUCAUGGAAACACAGAAUCUGGAGCAUACAAACAUGUAAAGAAAGUGGUUGAAAAACACAUUAAAGAUACAGAAGCAUCCCAACAAGCACAGCAACAACGGGAACAGCAGCAACAACAGAAGCAAAAAGGAGAAGUUCCAGUCUCUGAGGAAAAAUAGGAAACGACGAUAACCGGAUAUUAAGAAACAAAAAAAAAAAAAACCAUUGCAAAACUACUAGAUAAGCCUAUCAAGAAAAACCAGCAUCAUAGAUUUAAAUUCAAAUUAAUUUGAAUAAAAAAGAGCCUUCACGGGAUAAAAUGUGCGAAUCGAUUAUCAGAAUUCUAAAAGUACCAAACGCAUUCAUCCUAUCGUGUAUGAGCAGCAUUUUGUAACCCACGGGACACACCGUACUCGAUUUUUUAACAAAGAGCAUAUUCUUUGAUGAAGGAUGCUGUUUAUUUUAUCUAACAAGCUGCCAUACCACCUUACGUUCU